AUGACUCGACGACACCGGCACCGUCACGGUGCUCGUGACGCCGUUGGCCAUGUUGAAUCCUGGCUGCACAACCAGCUUGGUGGUGAUGAUGGUGAUGACGCAGGCAAUAGUCCAAGGGAUAAAGUUGAUGGAGAUGGCCGUGCUACUGUCGUCCGCACCGUCUACCAGACUUUGGAACCUACCUUUGACGGCCCUGUCGCUGGCUACUCGACGUUGAAUGAGGACCCUGACCCGGACCCAACCACAGUUCCCAGUCCGACAAAAACCCCUGGUCCCAAGCCAAACACCACGUCAAAGGCCAAGCAGAAUUCCGCAGUCCCCACGGCCAUUCGGCAACCUUUGAGCGUGUCAGUCCCAGAAACCAUUCUCGCCAAGGCCACAGGCGAUCCUGCCUUGUCAACAACGGAAGGCCUUGCAGGCCAGCUCUCGUCAACACCUACCCCCGGCCCCAACCCUACAGCUACAUCCGUCAGCGACCCGUCGACGGCGACGGAUACCGGUGAUGGCGCUAGCGCAGGAGCAAAGGCGGGGAUCGCCUUCGGCAUCCUGGGUGGUGUGCUGAUCGUCGGCUUGAUUGCCUUUGUUCUCUUUACCCGCCGUCGCGGAAAGGCUGAUGUCUCUGGAGAGCAAGGCCACGACGAAAAGCAUCGCGCGAAGAAUGACGGCAACCCGCUGGAAACCGUGACGGUCCAGAGCGAUCCACCUGCGCCCCGUAUCAGUCUUCGACCUGUCACUCAGUUCCUCCCCAACUGGAAUCUCGACAAGCGGACAAGCAGGGGCGUCAAUGCCGCCUCGGCUCCGGGGCCCGCUGUUGGCGCAAGCGGUCAACGUGCAGGUUCGCGGGAGAGACCUGCUACUAGCCAAAGCAUGCACCCCGCGAAUCCGUUUGGCUCUGAGGCGGAGCGCGUCUUGGAGCCCCCCAUUGAAGAAGAAAACACCGCUGCGCCUCCUUCUGACCCGUUCACGGCGAAUGGGCCGGUCAUUGGCGCCGCAACAGCCGCCGGUUCGCUGACAAGGAAGGCAUCUAUGCGCAAGGAAGGGUCGAAACAUCUGGACUUGACUGUCCCGCGCACCCUUGGACCGACCCCUCCCAGCCCUGCGGGCACCGAGUUCAGCAUGACCUCUGUCUCUCCAGGCUCGACGGUGCCUCAGACCAGCAGCGCGGCAGCUGUGGCGGCAGCUGGUGGCCCUCCCAAUUCCGCCGUCCAUCGUGUCCAGCUGGACUUUAAGCCCUCCCUGGAUGACGAGAUGGAGAUGAAGGCGGGAGAUCUUGUGCGCUUAUUGCAUGAAUACGACGACGGCUGGGCUCUCGUGAUUCGCCUGGACCGUUCUCAACAAGGUGUCGUUCCACGAACUUGCUUGUCCACCCGGCCCGUCAAACCGAGGGCAUCGCCAGGCGGACCCCGAACCGGACCGCCGGUAAAUCCCAGUGGCCAGCGACCCAUGACCCCUCAAGGAAUGCCCCAGGGCGCGUCUCAGAACGGCGGACCUGGCGCCCACGGACCACGACCGUCGAGCCGCCAAUCUGGGCGACCCCGAAGCCCCGAAGAAGGGUGCAACGGUCCUGCAAAGUCACCCGGAAGCCGCCCUCAAGGUGCCGCCGGCCCGCCAUCUGGUGCUGUUGGCAGAAAGCCAGUACCUGGUCUGGCUUACUGA